AUGUCUGCAGUAAGGCCUCUCAUUUCGAUCAAAGCCGGAAAAUGUUCCCAAGUUGGUACCCGGAUCAUUCCCUCACCAGAGCCUGGUCUUCUUUACAUCUACAACAGCGUUGAGGAUGAUCUUCUCCACUUCUGCUGGAGACGUCGUUCUGCCACCCAGCCCCAAGCUGAGGACGACCUGAUCAUCUUCCCACAAGACGUCACCUUCACCCCGUACACCGCCUGCACCACUGGCCGUGUCUUUGUCCUCAAGUUCACAUCCUCAUCUCAGCGUCACUUCUUCUGGCUCCAGUCAAAGUCUGAAUCCGACGGCAACCCUGGCCAUUGGUCCAACCGUGACCGCCGAUGGGGUGAAACAAUCAACAACAUCCUCCAGGGUGUCGAGGACGAGGAUGACGAGAUGGGUGACCCAGACGCCGAGCUAGGAAGUGACGAUAUUGAGGAGGAGGGAAACGCUAGCAGAAGGGGCGGUGCUGAUGGUGGCAGGGCAGACUCCCCCAACCCCUUCAGCACAACCUCACCAUCCUCCAACCCCAACGACUUCCUCAAAUCCCUCAUCUCCUCCAUCAACGUCGGCAACGCGCCCCCCAACUCCAGCGGCGCCGGCCCCUCCCGCUACGGCCAACAAACCCCCACCCUCAGCCUGCACGACCUCCUCAGCACCACCACCACCGUCUCCCUCCUCUCCACCCUCCCCGCCGCCUCCCUCGACCAACUCUGCGCCAACCUUCCCCCAGCCCUCAUCCCGCGCAACGCCACCGACUCCCAAAAACGCGACAUCAUCCGGCGCGUCCUGCAGAGCCCGCAGUUCGCGCAGAGCUGCGUGAGCCUGACAGUGGCGCUACGAGACGGCGCACUGCGCGGCGUCGCCGACAGUCUGCAGGUGCCGCUGGGGCCCGGCGAGGAAGCGUCGGGCACGGACCAGGUGGAGCUGUUUGUGGGCGGUGUGAGGAGGGGUGUGGAGCAGGAGGGGGAGGGGGAUGAUGAGAUGGAGGAUUAG